AUGACUGCGAAGCAUCCAGAGUACUCCAAUAUUGGUGGCUCCAAUCACGAUGCUGUGACAGACGACGCAAGCACUGAUGCGGGCGAGUCGUUGAUGGGCCACGGAGAGAAGAGCUGGGAAGAGUUGCGUGAAGCUGGCCGCCCGAGGCAGAGCAGAUGGCAACGAGGCCGCGCCGCUGUCUUCUCAUGCCAGGGUGUGCUGAACACCCUGCUCCUGCUCGUGAUCCUUUUCCUGCUCCUCGAUCGUCGUUACCAAAACGACAAGCACGGCCACUUCGAGGGCAAUGGUGAUAUCUCUGGGUUCGCGCCUCGGGUCUCCCAGCAGAUCAAAACUUUCGUCCCUGACCUCGGGUUCGUUCCGGAGAACGGAACCGAGUUCUUCACCGAGGAGGUGAGGCAGAAGUGGCUGAGCAUCGUCCCGAAAGGCCUGGGCUAUGUCGAGGUUCAUGACCCUUCCAGCUACGACAACCUGCCGCCGCGUCCGCUCGAGGGCCCGGGCAUAGACAAUACCGUCUAUACCACCAGCGUCACUCACCAGCUCCACUGCCUCUACAACAUUGCCCAGGUCUACUCAGGGCUCAUCUCGGACCCGAGUCUGAUACCCGAGCAGAUGCAAGGCCACCUGCCCCACUGCUUCGAGUACCUGCGCCAGACCAUCAUGUGCUGCGGCGACACGGCGCUCGAGGGCCAGCAGACCACCUUUCCAGAGGGCUUCAUCGGAUCAGACGGCUGGGACGCCAAGCACGUCUGCAAGGACUACGACGCCAUCUACAAGCACCUGGAGGUGAACCGAGCCGACAAUGAAGUCUGGAUCUGA